GUAUUCAGCCUUUUUCUGCUACUAUGGUGUGAUACUCGUCUCUCUGUCUAUAUUAUAUAUAUAGAUUUCGCAAAUUUCCCUUUUCUUCUUGUCGAGCAAGCUUUUUGAAUCAAAGCGAAGAAGAAAGAGCCAGAGAGGCACAAAUGGAGAAUAAUGAAACGACAUCGUCAUCUGGAGAAAAUCCAAAGCCAUGGCAAUCGUAUCAUACAGUUUACACUAACGCUAAAGCAGGUAUGGAGGAAGUGGAUAAAGAGAAAGUGCAAAGAAUAGUAUAUGAAAUGAGUAAGGGAUCAAAGUAUUUUGAGAAUGAGGAAAGGAAAGAGGCUUAUAUGAGGCAGAAAAUUGAAAAAAUGCGUGUCCAGUGUGCGAAACUCACUGCAGCUGAUAUCUCUCAUUACCAGUUGAUUGCUGAUAAAAGAAUUUUAGAGCUGGAAGGCAUGCGUGAUCUUUCAAGGAUCUGGUUACAUGUAGAUAUGGAUGCUUUUUAUGCAGCUGUUGAAACGUUAAGCAACCCUUCAUUAAAGGGCAAGCCAAUGGCUGUUGGUAGCAUGUCUAUGAUCUCCACAGCCAAUUAUGAGGCACGUAGGUUUGGAGUUUGUGCGGCAAUGCCUGGUUUCAUUGCACGUAAGUUAUGUCCACAGUUAAUUUUUGUUCCCACAGACUUCAAGAAGUAUACUCAUUACAGUGAUUUAACUAGAAAAGUUUUCCAGAAAUAUGAUCCCCGUUUCACGGCUGCUAGUUUGGAUGAAGCAUAUCUUGAUAUAACUGAUGUCUGCAAAGAAAGGGGCAUUGCUGGUGGAGAAAUUGCUGAAGAACUGAGAACUGCUGUGCAUGAAGAGACUGGUCUAACAUGCAGUGCUGGAGUGGCUCCAAAUCGCUUACUUGCUAAGGUUUGCUCAGAUAUAAAUAAGCCCAAUGGACAGUUUGUUUUGCCAAAUGACAGAAUGGCUGUCAUGACAUUUAUAUCCUCACUUCCUAUAAGAAAGAUUGGAGGCAUUGGUAAGGUCACUGAACAUGUUUUAAAGGAGGUUUUAGGAAUAAAUACAUGUGUGGAUAUGCUGCAAAAGUGUGGCCUCCUCUGCGCACUAUUUUCUCGCUCUUCAGCAGAUUUUUUCCUCUCUGUGGGACUGGGGCUUGGAGGAACAAACACCCCUCAAGUCAAGUUUCGGAAAAGUAUUAGUAGUGAGAGAACAUUUUCUGCCACAGACGAUGAGGCACUUCUUUAUCAAAAAUUAGUUGCAGCUGAUAUUGCGGAGAUGCUGUGUACUGACAUGGAAAAGGAAGGGCUUCGUGGUCGGACAUUGACUCUCAAAUUGAAAACUGCAUCUUUUGAGAAUUGGGAGCAGGCCUGCGUUGGGCUGGAGGGAUGGAGGAGAUCCAAUUGUUAUAGAUUCAAACAAUCUACUGCCAAAAGUUGGACCUGGAAAAAGAGGGUUCGAACCAGAGCUGUGACACUACAAAAAUAUAUUUGUUCAAGUGAAGACAUAUUGAAAUAUGCUUCAAAGCUGCUGAAGGCUGAACUUCCUAUUUCUUUAAGACUAAUGGGCUUGCGGGUGUCACAUUUCAAUGAAGACAAGGUUGGUACUCCAUCUGACCCAACACAAAAAACUCUCACCGACUUUAUUGUAUCAGGAGAUGCAUCUAGAAAAAAUAUGAGCUCAGAUUGUAGUGAUCAACACUUCAUGGGUGACAUAGAAGAGGCCUUUUCAACUGGCAGCCAUGAUAUUCAUCACAAUGAAAUUAGGAAUCCCUUAGACAGCAAUAAUGUAGAAGAUCUGGAUGAUCGCCAUUUCACAAUCAGUAAUAAUGGUGAAGCAGAGGAAGUUCAUGAAUCUUUGAGCAGCGAUGGGAAUACUGUGGAUACUGGAAGGUUUGAUUCAGAAUGUUGUCACACUGAAUUGUCAGAACUGAAGGAUGCAGAGUCGUCUUUGCCUCAGCAGGUUGAUGGAGGUAGCCCAGACAUAGUAAAUAAGGCAGUCAUCAUGGACAAUGCAGCAGUCUUUUGGGUAGAUAACUACAAAUGUUCAUUAUGUGGGAUUCAAAUGCCACCAGAUUUUAUUGAGGAAAGACAAGAACACUCGGAUUUUCAUCUUGCUGAGAGACUUCAAAAGGAGGAAUCUAGCAUCAACUCAAGAACUCCUAUGCGGAGGCAAAGGCUUGUUUCGAAGAAGACCACCGAUGUAUCUGGCCGAAGCAGUUGUAAGAAGCACAAGCCAUCUCCAUUGAAAGACAAUCAUUUAUCCAUUGAUAUGUUCUUUGUCAAAAGCAAUCAAAAAUUCUAGCAGUGUAUUUCUCAUUUUGUUUUUGUUUUUAGGCUUGUAUAUAUUGAAAUUGUACAUUAGCAUAGCAACAUCUCAUUUAUUCAAUUUUAAUUUUACUGAUUUAUUAACUGCAGUGUGAUUUAUUUCUGAUUUAAUAGUUCAAAUUCAUAAUUGAA